GCGUCGUUGCUGUUUGCUGGGUUGACUCGCUUGACAACAGAAACAUGGCUGCCCCUGCAGCAGGCGGAGGAGUUUCACUCUGCCGCAGUGACACCAGCCAUGUCUGUUCACUUGGCGUUGUUAGCCAAGGGAGAGAGGUUAUCAAGCCUUCAAUUACGGAACUGACCAAAGAGGUCCGGACAAAUAUUCUUUGUACUGUGGAGGGAUGUGGCAAAAUCCUCCCGAACACCCCAGCCCUCAGUAUGCACCUCCUGAAGUCACACCGGAUUCAGGAUGGAGUAAUUAAUCCCACAGUGCGGAAGGAUAUGAAGACAUCACAAAAGCUUUACUGCUGCCCAAUUGAGGGUUGCCCUAGAGGACCAAAUAGACCAUUCUCUCAGUUUUCUCUGGUUAAACAACAUUUUAUGAAGAUGCAUGCUGAAAAGAAGCACAAAUGCCCAAAAUGCCCAAACUCCUAUAGCACAGAAUGGGAUUUGAAACGUCAUUCAGAGGACUGUGGAAAGAUAUACAGGUGCACAUGUGGAUGUCCUUAUGCUAGCCGGGCAGCCCUGUUAUCUCAUAUCUACAGGACAGGACAUGAGAUACCACCAGAACACAGAUAUCCUCCCGUUAAAAAGAGGAAGAUGGAAGGGACAUUUCCUGAAACUAAACACCCAGGAUUUGGUGAACACAUGUUUCAGCUUGUUAAUUUGGAGCAAGAAUUAACUGAAGUUGGUGUUUCUUCAGAUGUUACCAGUCUACCUAGUGCUGACAGCCAGAAAUCCACCGCUAAAAAGUUUCUUUUGCCAAAGCCUAAGGUUGCCUUGGUUAAGGUUCCUGUUAUGCAGUUCGCCCACCUGCCAAUAAUUGUUUCUUCAGCUGAUUGUUCCGUAAAGCCUGUUGUAUUGGCUAUGGACAACCGUGGAUCUAUUGUAAGCACUGUGCACUACCUUUCUCAACCUGUUGGAACUGUGAUACCAACAUUGGAUUCAAAAGCUGUGACACUUAGAGAUGCAACGCCUUUGACCAGAUUUCCCUUGGAACCUGUGAAUACUGGAAUUCAGGUUAAUCUGGAACCUGUAUCUUGUAAUCGCACCAUUAUAGAGGAUAUCGGACAAAGAUCUAAAUGUAUUUCUACUAAUAUUCAGACUGAAAUAUCCUAUCUUUUAAAGGGCUCUCUCCCAGACACUGCAUGCACUUCCAAUGAGAAUUCUGUGUCAUCAUUUUCCCAAACAGACUUAAGUUUUAGUUCCCAAGUGCUGCUGCCUGUUAGUGUUGAGACACAAACUUUUCCUUCUUCAAACAAGGUAACAUCAUCUAUAGGUGCCCAGACUGAUGUAUUAAGACAGACCUUUUCCCCUUUCUAUGGUGUUUCCAGAGAAACCCAAACUAGCACCAAUCAGCUCUCCUCUGAAGACCGAGUACAGAUUGACCAUGAUAUUUUAUGCACAGAUCUUUUUGGCAAUGGAUCAAUGCCAUCAUACAGUGUGUCAACACAAACUAGCUUUAAAGGAAACACUUUACCAGCUGAAAGAAGUGACCAGCAUCUUGUAUCAAGAGUUAAUCAUGAUCUUUUCAAUGAAAAGGCUAAUAAUGAUAUUUGUUUUGGUACACAGAGUGAUCUCCUUCCACAGCAUCAUGCCGCAGACAAUCAAACCCAAACAAUAAAUUUGUUCAGUGAUUUAGAGAAUAUUUUGUCAGAUAGUAUAAGUGGGCAUUCAUUGGAUAGUCGUGGAACUUUGACAGAUACUAGUGCAGACUGCGAAGGAGCAAUCACAUCUGUGCAAGAGCAAAAUACAGGAAUUGACUUUGACUUUGAGGAAUUUUUGAAUGCAACUCAUAUACAGACUCAGACUGAUGAAAGUGAUUUAGGAACUUUGAACUCUGAACCAGUUUUAGAGUCUCUCGAUAUUGAGACUCAGACGGACUUUCUUUUCUUUGGUAACCCUGCACCAAAUUAUUCUAAUGGUAAGGGCCAGUCAAGCUACUUGGGUCUUGAAAUGUUCGACACCCAAACACAGACAGACCUUGAUUUUUUGUUGGAUACAAGCAGUCAUAUACCAUUAGAUAGUUUUCUGAAGCAAGCUAGUCUUUCCAUGACUGGUGAAUCUUCAAAUACUGAAACACAGACUGAAGUUCCAUCCAUUCUCGGGUGCAGUUCUCAUCAUGAAAAUCAAGUGAAGCUAAGCAGCACAGAGACACAAACAACUACCAGCUCCUUUGAAGGUAUUGGUCAUUUAUUCUUAACCAGCAAUGAGACACAGACUGUAAUGGAUGACUUUCUUAUGGCAGACAUUGCAUGGAACACGAUGGAAUCUCAUUUCAGCUCAGUAGAAACUCAGACCUGUGAAGAGCUGUCUUCUUUCUUCCAGGAUGCUGACAAAAUCCAAGAUUGAGAUUGUGGUCAAGUCUUACUACAUAAGUACAUAAGGGUGAACGGCUGUUGGUUUUAUAUAAAGGUAAACUGGUACAUAGCUUUGUUCGAGUCAUUUCUUCACACAUGACAAACAUUUUCCUUGUUGUCCACAAAAUAAUUAUUGCCACUUUAGAUUCCAAGGUUUACAGGUGCUAAAUCUUUCAGUUUAUUGACUUGAACGAAAUCUUAAUCAAACUGCAGUUCAUAAUUAUUACUGAUGUAUACUUAGUUUCCUAGUGAUAAUGAAAUACAUUUUAUUCAUUUUGGCUUACAAAACUGAGCAGUUGACAACUGCUAAUUGGUAUAGUUACUGUGCUAGAAUCAUAGGGUCCAUGCGUACUGGAUGCCAAUAUUUUCCUUUCAGUGACUUACCACUGUGAAAAAAUUCUGCUUAUCUAUUUGUGUAUGUUGCACAUUUGAAAUUCAAAGUACACUGCUAAGUAAGAUGUUAUACAUGAUCUACAUUGUUACUCUACUUGUACAGUCUUUAUUGUUAUUAUUAUUAUAAUAUUAAUCCUGGCAUUACUAGAAGAGGUUAGGUAUUAAUAAAGCUGAGUUAAUUGCAAUUAAAAUAUUUUCACAGCCAGGUCUUUGUAUCUGUCUUUCACAAUAGUAUAGACUAUGCUGGGGCUUUUGACAUCUUCUUUCAAAUGAAGUCGAAAAAUGUAACAUUUGUAUAUAGUAGUAUUCUUAUACCAAUUCCAAGGAAAUCACAACUACAGAAAAGGGUUUAUUUUGAGUAAUGAGUAAAACAGUUUUAAGUUUUGCUGAUUAAAAAUAUUCUGAGAAACAAAACAUGUACUGAAGAGAAGCUUUAUUUUUUUAUUUUAAAAGUUUUUGAAGAUUAAUAUAUUAUUUGAUGUUGUGUUAUUUAUAUUGUAUGGUAUAUUGCUUUGCAUUAAGUUUAGAAUUUUUGUAAAAUAAGACUAACAAAUUACCAAAAAUAUUUGCUCUCAUUAGCAAAAAAAAGAAAAAAG